GAAGUUCCGGCUCGCAGGGGGUGGGGAGUGUUGUUAACCGGGGCCGCCUCCGCAGUCGCGGGGAUUGAGCGGGCUCGCGGCGCUGGGCUCUGGGUGAGUCGGCCGGGGUGGGGCCCGGGUUGUGGUUGGAGUCGGGACCUGGGCCCUCCCCUUGCGGUCUCCGGGGUCGGCGCGCCCCCUCAGCCCCGCUUGCGGCUUGUCAGCUGGCGGUAGACCUCAGGCGCCCGCGCGGCCGCUCUCCGGAGUCUGGGCCCCACCUGCGACGUUCGCGGCUCCCGGCGCUUACAGGUCCUCCAGGCCGGAGCGAUGUUCCGCACCGCAGUGAUGAUGGCGGCCAGCCUGGCGCUGACCGGGGCCGUCGUGGCUCACGCCUACUACCUCAAGCACCAGUUCUACCCUACCGUGGUGUACUUGACCAAGUCCAGCCCCAGCAUGGCAGUCCUCUACAUCCAGGCCUUUGUCCUUGUCUUUCUCUUGGGCAAAGUGAUGGGCAAGGUGUUCUUUGGACAGCUGAGGGCAGCAGAGAUGGAGCACCUUCUGGAACGUUCCUGGUACGCUGUCACUGAGACUUGUCUGGCCUUCACCGUCUUUCGAGACGACUUCAGCCCCCGCUUCGUUGCACUCUUCACUCUCCUUCUCUUCCUCAAGUGUUUUCACUGGCUGGCUGAGGACCGUGUGGACUUUAUGGAGCGCAGCCCCAACAUCUCCUGGCUGUUUCACUGCCGCAUCAUCUCCCUCAUGUUCCUCCUGGGCACCCUGGACUUCCUCUUCGUCAGCCAUGCCUAUCACAGCAUCUUGACCCGUGGGGCCUCUGUGCAGCUGGUGUUUGGCUUUGAGUACGCCAUCCUGAUGACCAUGGUGCUCACCAUCUUCAUCAAGUACGUGCUGCACUCCGUGGACCUGCAGAGCGAGAACCCCUGGGACAACAAGGCCGUGUACAUGCUCUACACGGAGCUGUUUACAGGCUUCAUCAAGGUCUUGCUGUACAUGGCGUUCAUGACUAUCAUGAUCAAGGUGCACACCUUCCCUCUCUUUGCCAUCCGGCCUAUGUACCUGGCCAUGAGGCAGUUCAAGAAGGCCGUGACAGAUGCCAUCAUGUCUCGCCGAGCCAUCCGCAACAUGAACACGCUGUAUCCCGAUGCCACCCCGGAGGAGCUCCAGGCGAUGGACAAUGUCUGCAUCAUCUGCCGGGAGGAGAUGGUGACCGGUGCCAAGAGGCUGCCCUGCAACCACAUUUUCCAUACCAGCUGCCUGCGCUCCUGGUUCCAGCGGCAGCAGACUUGCCCUACCUGCCGUAUGGACGUCCUCCGGGCAUCACUGCCGACCCAGUCACCUCCGCCCCCUGAGCCUGCGGAUCAGGGGCCACCACCUGCCCCUCACCCCGCACCGCUCCUGCCCCAGCCCCCUAACUUCCCCCAGGGUCUCCUGCCUCCGUUUCCUCCGGGCAUGUUCCCGCUGUGGCCCCCCAUGGGCCCCUUUCCACCUGUCCCGCCUCCCCCCAGCUCCGGAGAGGCUGCGGCCCCUCCAUCCACCAGUGCGGCCCUUUCUCGGCCCAGCGGAGCAGCCACGACCACAGCUGCCACCACCGCCGCCUCCGCCUCGGCACCUGGCUCUGCCCCCGGCCCUGAGGCCGGCCCCGCUCCGGGCUUCCCCUUCCCUCCACCCUGGAUGGGCAUGCCGCUGCCUCUGCCCUUCGCCUUCCCCCCGAUGCCCGUGCCCCCCGCUGGCUUCGCCGGGCUGACUCCGGAGGAGCUGCGGGCUCUGGAAGGCCACGAGCGGCAGCACCUGGAGGCCCGGCUGCAGAGCCUGCGCAACAUCCACACGCUGCUGGACGCCGCCAUGCUGCAGAUCAACCAGUACCUCACCGUGCUGGCCUCCCUGGGGCCCCCCCGGCCUGCCACCUCAGUCAGCCCCACUGAGGAGACCCCUGGAGUUGUCACUGCCGCCACCCCCACCAGCGUCCCCAGCUCUGAGGCCACCACCCCAUCCCCAGGAGCUUCCCCACCAGCCCCUGAACCAGACAAGCCUCCAGCUCCCGAGUCCGUGGGCACGGAGGAGCUGCCGGAGGACGGGGAGCCUGACGCAGCAGAGCUCCGCCGCCGCCGCCUGCAGAAGCUGGAGUCCCCCGUUGCCCACUGACCCUACCCCAGGCCUCCCCUGCCUCCACUCUUGAGCAGCCCUCGCUGUAACGUGUCCUGCCACCAAGUGCCAGCUCCCUCUCUGUGUGCACCAGGGAGCAAGAACCCCCAGCUCUGAGACAAAAGGAGGUGGCACCGCCUAGGCCAAGGGGAAGGAAGCCUGAGGCCCCAGUUGACUCCAGCCCUUCCAAUCCCGGGCAGCCGUAGGGAUCUCGGGUCAGUCCCCACCUUUCUUUCCAGCCCUUCACCCUUUUCCGCUGGGGCCGUGAAGGCAGAAAGGCAGUCUCCGAGAAGCCCUCUGCCCCCCUCUCUGGGAGAAGGGGCAGUCCUUCUAAGUCCACUUGUGUGUGUGUGUGUGUAUGUGUGUGAAGUCGCUUCAGUGCUGAACAGUAUUAGCUCCCCAAUCCCAUGUGUGAACUUCAGGGGCUGGAGGCAGGCCAGGAGCUUGCUCCCGGGGCCACCCACCACGACUGGUACCGAGUUCCCUUUUCUCACCCUGAACUCUCUCGAAGCUCUUUUUGACGGUGGCUGCGUCACUUAUGCCCUGUGGUGUUGCGUGUCCUAGAGGCAGCUUCACGGCUCUGGGACAGGAGUAGUGCCCGGGGGCCGAGGAGCAGGCAGGUGCCACUCAGGUGCCCACGCCCCUCUCCCCGCCCCGGCGGUUUGUCUCCAGCGAGACUUCGCGGUUUCGCCCAGCAACCACUGCCCGGCCUCGCUGUAGGCAGAGGGCCCGUGUGCGCCCCGGAGCCACUGCAGGCCGCAGAGUGUGGGGAAGGCCACUUCUCAACUCAACAGAACUUUUCUUGAGUUUAGAAGAAUUGGAAUUCCUUGCCGUUGUCUUUUGGCUUAAAUUUUGUCUUUGAACUUGAAUGCUGACCCUAGGAAAGAGGAGCAGGAGCAUCAGACUCCUGGUCUUUCCAGUUUAGAAAAGGCACUGGGCCAGGCAGGGACCACAGGAGCCGAGGCCUGCCCGCCCUUGUCUUUUUUUCCCUCGGUUUUGUGUUACAAGAGUUGCUGGAGACCGUUUCAGAUGAUUAUUUAAUUUGUAAAUAUUGUACAAAUUUUAAUAGCUUAAACUGUAUAUACCGCCAAAUAAAGACUUGCAUUGA